AAACUUCUCCUAACGACCACAUAUCAUCCGAUUCGACAUCCAACGUUCACAAUGAACCAACCCAAAUCUACCCCGACCGUAUCUCGCGGCUGGCUCUGCCGGUCUUGUGACAUGCCUUUCGUAUCCAAAUACAGUCUUUUUGAACACAACAAAUCCUCGAAGCAUUAUGUGUGUACAGACGUCAGGUGCAAGGGCAGGGCAUUCUUCUCAGCAAUAGGCUUGAGGGAGCAUCUGAGGCAGGCUGCCGUGCACCGCGAAUACGACCGCGCUCAAUGCCAGAGGUGCAACCGACAAUUCACCUCGACGCAUGGCGUGUUCUUACACCUCGACAUGGGGGGUUGUGGAGCCAUCACCUGGAAGUGGGUGCUUGAACAAGUCAGGCGUCUGGAUAGACGCAAGGUCUUUGUCGAUCCCGAUGUUGACUUUGAGGCAAGUCCUGCACCGUAUAGCGACACUGGUACUUGCUGCACCACGUGUGGCCGUUCCUUCAAGAACACCGUCGCUCUCAACCAGCAUUUGGCGAGUCCCGCACACCAGCCGAAGUUACUCAAGUGUCCCGUGGCUGGGUGCGACUCGCACUUUGCGAUAUUGAGUGGUUUGGCGCAGCAUAUUGAGACAGGGACCAAGUGCCAUGCGAACAGAGAUCGUAAGGCCUUGAGGAAAUGGAAGAACUUUAUUGCUAAGAUGGACCUUGUUACAAAGGUCUCUACACGUUCUUCCAUUUCUCCAGAUUGACUGAAUGUUUGGACGUGAGUGCGAAUAUUCUUCCCAAUCAUUCUGAUUUUCAUGCCUUCUCUGCAUGAUGAUCACUACUACACUGAUAUCCCGCCUCCAUUUCGUAUCCUUCGUUUUUCUAUGUUACCUCACUGUGUUUCUCCAUCUCUUGUCAAAUUUGACUUAUAGCCGUACGAAGUAACUACCCGUGUGGUGUGAACGACCUGUGCAUUCCGUAGCUAAAGACUUUUAUUUCACUACAGCCACCUCCGUGUAUCCCAUUCCUUCACACUGUCAUGUCCCUGGGACGCAGGUACAUAGUGAAUAUUAAUUAUUCAUUCCAGUGA